GUAUUGGAUGUCGAAAACCAUAUUUGGUUUUCGGUAGAUUUUUUUAUUGUUGUAAAGGAUUCAGUGUCAGCACCAAUUUCACAGCCAACGUCCGUAUCGAUUUUUAUAAACUGUGCUUAGCUCGUUUAUUUGAACAAAGUUUAAGUGGUCCUACAAAUGCCAUACAUUUUAAUACGAGGUAAUUUAGCCUCUUAUGGACAACAGCAUCCUUGGAGAGUUUUAGUAUCUGGCCUUAGAGCUUGUGAAAUCGAACAAAUGAAAAGAUUUUCUUGCGGAGGAUAUUGUGAUGACUCCACUAUUGUUUACCUUCAACAUCCUUGUGUCAUUUUAACAGCUCUUGAGGUUUUGGGUUAUAAAGUUGUUGCCAGUUCAUCUACAGCUAUAAAACAAGAUUAUAAUGAGUACAUGUGGACUAUGACAAAAGAAUUUUCUGAACCUGACCCAACUAAAUGUGGAGAAUCAAAGCACGAGUAGCGAUAAGUCAUUGCAUAUAAGUAAGAAAUC